AGUAAUUUUUUGCUUGUGCGCAGUACUUCUCUUCCCUGUCAACAAAGAACGCCUUGUAAUAUUCUUUCCGAGCAUUAACCAUGUGUACACGAAUCUUGUCACAAAACAGUUCCUAUCGUCGUGUUCUAUGUACUUUUCAUAAAAGAUAUUACAAGAAGAAGUCAUGGAAGCUGCAAAGGAAAAAAGCUUCUUCUCUGGAGAAUUUUCAAACUUUUUAUGCUGAUCAGUUUGGGGAGGAGUGGCCUAUGAUUUUUGAGUCACUCAAGUUUCCAACCCAGCACUGUGCAGUAGUCAACAAGUUUUCUGUGCAUGAGGAAGUACAGGAAAAACUAUCUUGUGUAGCAGCACAGCACCAAAGUGUAGGACCUUUCAUGAGCACCAUUGGUGGAGAUGAACAAAGUCAACCUCAGCUGUCCUGUUACUUUCCGAAUUCUGAGGAAAGUGUUAGAUUUCCUAAGCAGGAAAAGACAAGCAAUGGAUUUUUUGAUUACUAUCUUCUAGAUGCUUCCUCUCUCCUACCUGUUUUAGCUCUUGACAUUUGCCCUGACAAUACAGUGCUUGAUAUGUGUGCUGCUCCAGGAGGUAAAAGUGUUCUGAUAUCACAGUUCCUUUUGAUAAGAGGCUGUCUCGUUGCCAGUGAAGUUGCAAACCAGAGAAGGGCAAAUCUUAUUAAGGUAGUUAAAGACUACAUCCCAAAGAUCUCCAAAACUAAAGACUUGGUGCACGUGCGGAGCUUGACAGGUUUGAAGUAUGGCGAGUACGAACCAAACGCGUAUGACAGGGUUCUUCUUGAUGUGCCGUGUUCUUCUGAGCGACACAACUUGCACACAAACUUUGAGUUUAGUUUUUGGUCAGAAAAACACUCUACAGAAAACGCUAACAUGCAAGGGAAACUUCUUAUGUCCGCGUUACAAACAGUUGUUCCUGGUGGUUUUGUGAUUUAUUCUACUUGCUCCAUGUCGCCGAUAGAAAAUGACGGAGUCAUAGACGAGGUUUUAUCAAAAUGUACUGUGAAAAAGCAGCUCAAAGUUGAAGUUGUAGCCUCACAGUUUGAAAAUAAUUCGCUGGCGAAAAUGUUUGAUUAUAGAAUGACCAAACACGGGGUACUCGUCGUCCCUUCCAAGACUAAGAAUUGGGGUCCGAUGUAUUUUUGUAAACUUCAACGACUGACUAUUUAAUCGAAGAAAAUCUAACCCAGAUCUGAACUCGGAUACUUUCGCUUUCACUGGGUCCAAAUACGUGAUGCUAGAGAACGUGUACGCGAUCAUUCUAAAUACAAAAAAGAUAUGAUUGAGCAUAUUAAACGCAAUGAUUUGACGAA